CUCUGUUUAAGGUACAAUCUUGAACGCUGUAAAAUCUGCGAUGAGAAGGCGGAAUGCGAAAUUUGCGCACAUUGUGAGCGCAAAGCCUGCAAGGAUUGUCGUCAAACGCACAUGGAUAUGCUUAAACGGGACUUAGCCAGACUUUUGAAUCAGGUGCGUAGGCUGUCAAAUAGAAUCAUUGAAGCAUCAGACGGCCUUUCUAAAGGACUUGAACUUCUUACAUUGAAUUGCGAGACAACCAAAGACGAGGUGAAGGAGUACUUUCACAGACACCAACGUGAUCUUAAAAAACGAGAAGACGCAUUUUUGAACGAAAUAGAUUCAUUCCACGCAACGGAAAGUAGACUUAUGAGCAAUUUACGAGAUGUUCUUGAAAUUGAAUCUUCCAACAUGAGUGAGGCAGUCGCUAGACUUGAUGCAGCACUCAAGGGAGAAUGCAUUCUUGGAGAUGCCGAACUUGUUCGCUUGAAGAAUACGUUUGCCGAAGGAUUAGAAUAUCUACGAAAUUUCCAGCCUGACGCUGAUGAACUUUUCAAUCGUAAAGUGAGAUUUUCGGCUGGAGAAGACGCUGCCAGACUGCCACAGUCCAUUGCUACAUGUGGUGAAUUAUGCGUGCUCAUGCCACAGUUUGCCGGGAGAUAUCUACCGUUGGAACAGUCAUACCUGCCUCGUCCAUUCCGUCUACCUCUAGAAAGCGAUCAACAUCGUUCUCGUCACGAGGAUGCUCGAGCUAAUGACAGAGAUCGACCUUCGUCUAGAAUAACUACUCGUGAUCUCGACGAAGGUUCCAUCAGAUAUCGUCGUCGUCAGCAGCUAGAAGAAGAAGCAUGGAAUCGUCUUCGUGCACCAGCUGACAGAAGUGGAGCAUCGUCAUCUGAGUCUGAUCGGUCACAAAUUGGAAGAAGUCCAUGGUCGAAACCCCCGGAGGCAUCUUCGUUAAAUGCAACACCUGCUCCAGAAAACACGAAAGAGCAAGCUGCUGCGGUUCGUCAUGAAGAACGUCGACAAGCUCCAAAACCUGUACCUCUGAAUCUUCCUCGUCCUGAACGUGCAGCUUCGCUUGCAAAACCAGAAAGCAGUCCUGUGCCGAAAUCGCCAAAAUCUCCCCCAAGUCCUUCUCCGCUUAUCAGAAACGCUGAACCGCCCAAAGAAGAAUCAGAAGAGAAUCGCGUCACGAGGAAACCCCCCUUGCCUAGACAGGCUUCGAGCAACGACGAGUCUUUGAACGAGAAAGUAGACGUGAUAAGAAGACAACACGCAGAGCGUCAAGCUGCCUCUAGGGCAGCAUCGAGCGACGAAUCCGAAGGAGAAGAGACUUCUCGUCCUCGUCCGCGGAUCAGGAUCGUCUGUCGUGCGGCGAGCAUCACCCGCGAGGAGGACCCAACACCUGCUCCUGCACAGAAUGCCGCCGCAGUACCGAUUCCAGUGACACAUUUCGCAGGUGAGCACGAGGUGCCUGCAUGGCUCGCGAGAAGACGUCAACGCUUUCAAAGAUCCCGAACUAACCCUGACCUUGCCGCUCAGUUCUCCUCACAGCGUGUGCAGCAACUACUUCAAGAGAGAAGUUCCCGUUUAGAUAGUUCGACAAGCACGGAGGAAGAGCGACGCAUCCGUCGUCGCAGCGCGUCACGGGAGGCCAAUGAGUGGCGUGCG